CUCGUAACCGUCAGCUGUUAUUAGCUGUCAAAAGUCUAGGAUUAAAGACUUGAAUCCGUUGAAACACGCAGUAUGUGCGUCGUCGCUAAGGAAUUUAUCUGUGCAUUUCGCCUUGAAUAAUGUGAUAUAUUACGAUUAUUUCUAAAUCAAAUAUAUGUUUAGUUAGUGACGUAUGUUGAUCGAGUAUCUUUGGGCCACAUAAAAUAAUAAGCUAUCUACUGUCAUUGGUGUUGCAACAGUUAUUAUUGAUUAUUGAAAAUAUCUAUUGUCUGUAAAUCGAGUUUGUAGGAUAAUAAUACAAGAUCAAACGAAUAUGGAUGAUGAAACAUUGAACAGACUUGCAGUUGAAGCUUUAUUGGAAGAAGCUAAACUAGGCGCAAGGAGAGCAGAAAUAAUGGGGCCCAGUGGAUGGGUAAAGCCUAAAGAAACUGUUAACAAAAGAUUCCUUCAUUCGACAUUACGAAAUGCAGUGAUAUCUAAUAAACAUCGAUCACUAAAACAAGAAAAAAUGAAAGCUCAACCAUUGAAUAAGGUAGAGACUGUUAAAAAACCAUAGGCUGUGACAUGUUGUUCUUGUGUUUGCACUAAUAUGUAUAUUCUAAAUAUAUAUUUUAAAAAUUUAUUAUUUUGUCUGAUAACACACACAUGUAUAAUAUAAACACGCACAUAAAAAAAACAUGUAUUGUUAUUGAUGUAAACGAUCGUAAUUUUAUUUAUUUUAUUAUUACA